AUGCCAGAUUUUCUUGUACAAAAGAAGCUUAACCUUUUGUUAAGGGUGGUAGCUAGGAGUCACCAGUGCCAUAUCCUGCAGAAAAGGAUUGCAAUGGCUUCCAAAUUGCUAGUUUUCGGUGGAAAUGGUUUCUUAGGUAGACGUAUUUGUCAAGAAGCGGUACAUCGUGGAUUAGAAGUAGUAUCGAUAUCCAGGUCUGGUAAACCACCAGUUCUUAAAUCACCUUCAAAGGACAAAGACUGGAUUAGAGAAGUUAGCUGGGAAUAUGCUGACAUACUGAAUCCUUCCACAUACUAUAAACACUUACAAGGAGCCUCUGGCGUUGUCCAUUCACUGGGGAUUCUUUUAGAAGAUGAAAGUUAUAAGAGAAGACUAAGAAAACAGCCAGGUCAUUCCAAUUCACCCUCUUACAGUUGGGCAUCAUGGUUGCCUUCAAUUGGCUCUAAUCCUUUGAUCAAGAGGGACCCCAAUUUUACUUACGAAGUUAUGAACAAGCAGAGUGCCAUCACUCUUGCCAGGACCUUCGCAGACACUAUCGAACGUGAUGGCAUAGAUCAUGAGAAUCUGCCGACUUUCACCUACAUCUCUGCUGAUAAAGGCUUUCCCAUGAUUCCAGAAGGCUACAUUAAUUCCAAAAGACAAGCUGAAGAUGAACUUUUACGCCAUAAGGAUGUUUUUAGACCGAUUAUAAUGAGACCGGGGUUUCUGUUUGACGAAAUGAAGGGAUCUCAAAAUGCUAGAACCUAUAUUCAUCAUCUUUUGGAAUUCUUAAACAUGGGAAAUAAAGCUAUACUGGGCAAUAAUUUUGAAUGUAUCAAUGGGAUAAUCAGACCUACCGUCUCAACACAACAAGUCAGUAGAUGCAUUCUAUCCAAGAUUGCAGAUUCACAAUUUGAGGGAGUUGUCCCCCUAGAAACCAUCAAAAAAGCCUAA